GCGGUUUUUCGAUGUUAUCAGGUAAUCGCCCACCAGGCGGGCAGAAGUAUUUUCGAUAAAAAAAAAAAAAGGGCCAAUAGGUGAAAAGGUGAGAAAGAACAGAUAGGAGGAUCAGAGGCUGAGGAUUGAAGACGCUGAGGCCAUGUCCAGAUAGAAGUUGCUCUCUUCCCUUUCUGGGUUCUCAAAUUCAAGGCUUAAGCUUCAAGGAGAUAUCCUCGUAAUUGACAAUGAGGGUAGCGAUGCUUCAAAACAACCCAAUGCACUUCAAUCCUACAUUUUCCUGCUCUAUGAAACCCUCCUUUCAGUUCAGAGAGAAGCCACUCAAGGUUUCUGAUAUUAACAUGAAUAGAAGAGUAGGAGCAAUAGCAGCAUUAAGCCUAGUACUGUUAGCAAAAGAUUCAUUUUUCACUAAACUCGCAUAUGGGUUCGACUUUCUACUGGUGGCACCUGAUCAGACAAUUGAAGAGGCAGAGAGUGGAAUCAUUGGACACGCACAAGCUUUAUUGCAAGUGAAACAACUGAUAGAGUCAGAGUCAUGGGGGCAACUACAAACAGCAGUCCGGAAGAGUUCGCCAUUGUUGAAGCAGGACAUUUAUACCAUUAUUCAACAAAAACCUGGAAAUGAGAGACCCCUAUUGAGGAAACUUUAUUCCAAUCUCUUCAACAAUGUUACAAGACUUGAUUAUGCAGCAAGGGACAGAGAUGCCUCACGGAUUCGUGAAUGCUAUGAGAACAUUGUGCUGUUUCUUAAUGAAGUUUUAUCUAGACUAUAGGUAUCAAGCAAUUGUUUCAUUCCUUGCCUUCUCUCCUGCAAUAUUUAAGCAUCUUAAAAUGGCAUGCAGAUGAAAUUACAUGUAAUAUUUAAGCAUUGCAGGCUCGUCCUAGGAGCCUUCUGUUACAUCCAGGAUGCUG